GCACUCGACUCGGCAGAACAACCCACGUUUCCCAUGAAUGUAACCUCUCCCUCCAUUCUCCUCUUCAGGUUCUUUCUUCAAGUUUCAUAAAAACUACUUUCGAACGUCUACAUAGAGAACAUGAACCUACAGAGAAAGCCAAGAUGGGAGAGAAAGGGUGGUACUUCAAUAUUGCUUUUCUGAGAUAGAAAGUACCCAAUGGGACUAAGAACAAACAUGACAACAAGAUGGGCACCAGGAAGCAAUAGCAAUGGGAAAAGACUCCUGAAUUUGUAAUUCAAAUGCAUCUUCCCUUGCAAGUAACUUGAGAGGGGUGACACAUUGGAGAUUGCCGCUAUAUAAGUGCAAUUAUAAAAUUGUCGAAAAUGUUUUUCCUGUGACGUCUUGGAUUCCAACUUAUUCUGAUUGGAGUAUCACCAGACUAAUGAGCCAUGUAAAUUCUGAUGCAAUGCAAGUUUGGAGUUUUGUCUUACGUGCCCGAUGGGUUGUCAAACUUUCCUUUCUUCCUUACUUUUACGAGGGAAGUCUAUGCGAAGGAGAAAUUUCACCAUGCAAAAUCAAAAGGAAGAGGUGCAUUCUAGGAAAGGCAGUAUGUUAUGCGAUUUUUUCCUUGAAGGAUUGUUGAAUAGGUAUCAUUUCCGUGGUUUAAGAAACAAAAGAAAAGAUAUGUCAGGCAAUUUUGCAAGAGAUUCGGUCAGUGCCGAACGGUUAAGUCUUCUUAAUAACAGUGUUCCUGAACCACUCAACUGCAAAGACUUGCACAAAUACCUUGCCUGGAAAUUUGCAGACGCAGCAGAACUUCGUGAUAUUCCGUCAGUUGUCGUAUCGAAAGUCGGACUAGUCACAUCAACAGAUCUCAUCAAGCAAUUUUAGUUCUCAUAUUGAGGAUGGUGAUUACAUUGUCCAUUCAGAGAUAUUAUGAUCCUUCUCAGUAUGAAAUUCAGCUCCACGGACACUAUUCCCAGCUCUAAAUACCUUAAGGCAAAGGAAGAACUGCAUUGUUAGUUUAUGUAAAAUAGUAACAUUUCUUACCUGCUUUCCUCGUUUCAUUUUUUACCCUGUAAAAUUAAAAACUUAAUAGAUGAGUACUGUAAUGCAU